UGAGAUCAUCGUCAUCAUCGAUGAUGAUGAUGGCCAAGAAGAGGAAGGGACCGGCUGCAGACGCGUUGGCCCAGUUGGAAGCCCUAGAGGCAGAACUUGAACCUGUCUCUGUGGAUGUGGAAGGGAGUCCACCGCCUUUGCCAAAACAGAAGAAGAACAAGAAGAAGAAGGGCCCCAAGGGCGCCGCGGCCGACGCAUUGGCCCAAUUGGAGGAACUAGAGGCUGAAGGUGAAUCUCUUCCCCCGUAUCUCCGCACAUCCAUAGCAUGGAUGGACAUCCCGGCGGCUGAGGCUGCUGCUACUGCUCCUCCAGCCGAACACGAGGUUGACAGGAAGGAAGCACGAGAGGCAGAGGUAGAGGUCAACUUAUUGCAGCCUCCACCGCGACCCAAGAAGGGAAAGAAGAAGCGUGGGGCGGGGGGGAUUGAGGAACGGUUGGACGACUUCAAGGGUGAGGGAGACGAGAAAAUGGUGGACCACGGGCCCUCCCAGGAGGAGACGGCGACCCCGAAAGAGGCUGAGGUUGGAAAAGAGACUCUUGAGUCCAAAAUUCGGAAGUCGAGGCCGCCCCCGCGAGUUCGAAUAUCGAGCAGCUCGCAGCCCGGGUUUGUCUCGCUCCGCCUGGAAGGUGUCGCUGUUACGUUCAGGAAUCAGGAGGUUGUCAAGGACGCCACGUGGGAUGUCAAAACGGGAGACCGGAUAGGCUUGGUUGGACCCAACGGCGGGGGCAAGACUACACAGGUGAAAAUCUUGGCGGGUGACCUCGAGCCGACUGCAGGGGAAGUGAUCAAGUCAUCCAAGGAUCUGCGUGUUGCGUUUCUCCGACAAGAGUUUGUGGACGAGCUUGUGAUGGAGCGUUCGCUCAAAGACGAACUAAUCUCGGUCUUCACGGAAGAGGCAGCAAUUCUUGCGGCGCUCCAGAGAUGCGAGGACCCGGCUAAGAUGGAGGGAGUCCUGAACCGCCUUUCGAAUCUGCAAGAAGACGCUGAACGUAACCGUGUUUACGAUCUCAGCACCAAGGUGCAGCGGGUCAUGGAUCUAAUGGGAUUCCAAAUCAGCGAGGGAGAACAGCCCGUGUCAAGCUUUAGCGGGGGCUGGCGCAUGCGUAUCGGGCUCGGCAAGAUCCUGCUGAAAGACCCCAAUAUUCUCCUGUUGGACGAGCCGACAAACCACUUGGAUAUGGAGAGCGUGGAGUGGCUGGAGAGCUUCCUUCAAAACCAAAACCUUCCCAUGGUUAUUGUCAGCCACGACAGAGAGUUCCUCGACCGCGUAUGCACCGGAAUCGUCGACACAGAUGGUGGUGUAGCCGUGUCCUACCCCGGCAACUACAGCAACUUCAUUAAGCUGAAGCGAGCAAGGCUCGAGUCUUGGCAAGCGUCGUACAAAAACCAACAAAAAAAGAUCAAGGAGGAGCGCAACUGGAUCAACAAGUUUAAAUCAAAGGGAGCAUGGGCUGCGCAGGUCAAGUCGCGCCAAAAGGCUUUGGACAAGCUGAUAGCCAGUGACGACUUCGUGAAACAACCUCCCAAUAUGGGUAAGCCUUUCCGCUUCCGCUUCCCACCUGCACCACGCAUGAGUGCAAGCGAGGAAGUUGUCUCUGCAAACGGAGUCAGCCACGGCUACAACGGUAGACGGCUUUUCAGCGACGUCAACUUAGUGGUGGAAAAAGGCGAGCGGAUCGCAUUUCUUGGGCCGAAUGGGGCGGGUAAGUCAACCUUGCUGAGACUCGUUGUCGGGCAAGAAGAACCGGAAGAGGGUUCCUGUCGCCUUGGUUCUGGUGUGGUGAAGCAGUACUUCGAGCAGAAUCAAGCAGAUGUACUCGACCUUUCCUUGACGGUUAUCGAGACCUUGAUGAAAGCCUCCACAGGAGAAAAAUACGAAGAUCUGCGGAAGUUGCUUGGGCAGUUCCUAUUUAAAGGCGAUGCUGUGGACAAAUCUGUCGAACAACUCAGCGGGGGCGAGAAGGCGCGGGUGUCUCUAUGCAAAAUGAUGCUCACGCCAGCCAAUCUCCUGGUUUUGGACGAGCCGACCAACCAUCUCGACAUCCCUGCCAAGGAGAUGCUGGAAGAAGCACUCCAACACUACGAAGGAUCAGUACUGGUGGUAUCCCACGAUCGGUACUUCGUGAGCCAGGUGGCGACAACGAUUUGCAACUUGGAGGAAGAAAAACUUGUUCGAUAUGACGGGGACUAUCGGUAUUUCCUGGAGAGCAAUGGCAACAUCUUGGAGAAAGUGGAAUCGAGAUAUGUCGCGGGGUUAUCCGGCAUCCAGAAGGCCAAACGAGUGGAUUUGGAAGAGAUGAGAAGAUCCAAGAAAUCCUUCGGCGGGAAAGGGGGACCAAGUGGACGAAAGGACAAAGGCGUCAAGAACGCCAAGCGAAAUACAGACAAAGUGUUUUGAGUGUUUUGAUUGAUACUGGGAUAUUUUGGACCCCACCUG